UCCUCAGAAAUGGGAGCAAAACCAGCACCUCUCCUCCUCUUUCUACUUCUUGGGCAAGUGAUCCAUCUGACAUUGUGUUAUGACGUGUUCAUUGGCGAUAAGGAAGCCUCUCAGAUCAUUCGGGCAAAGAGGGCUAACACCCCUUUUGAGGAGUUAAAACCAGGGAAUCUGGAGAGAGAGUGUGUGGAAGAGAUUUGUGUCCAUGAAGAAGCUCGAGAGGUGUUUGAGAGAGAUGAUAAAACGGAAAUAUUUUGGAAGAGAUAUUUAGACUGUGAAGGCACAACAGUACCCAGAACAGGAGAAAAAAUCCAACAUUUGAGAGGAUGCGUAAAAACAGAUGGUGACUGCUACUUCCGUAUUGGUGAAAACUACAGAGGAAAUGUGUCUGUUACCAAAUCUGGAAGGACAUGCCAGUACUGGAGAAGCAAUUUCCCCCACAAGAUCCAUGAAUUUAAUGUCACAAAGCUGCAGCUACCAGAGAACCAUUGCAGAAACCCAGAUAAGAGCAGCGGUGGCCCUUGGUGUUUUACAAGAGACCCUACGGUCAGGAGGGAAUUCUGCAGAGUGCUGAAAUGCGGUGAGACUCUUGUCCCCCCUCCGCGAUCUCCUACAUUGAAACCUGAAGAGCGUUAUCUUAAGAGUAACUGUCUGUUUGGAAACGGGGAGACCUAUACAGGGACUCUGUCACUAUCUUUUGGAGGACAUACCUGCCUGCAGUGGAACGCAGCAGAAGUGCAAGCCUUGACUAAGGGGAAAGAGUUUCUGGCCCAAGUUCAACUGGUAAAGAACCACUGUAGAAACCCAGAUGGAGAUAUGGAGGGACCUUGGUGCUAUGUAAAGGAAGCAGGUGGAAACAUUACCAUUGAUUACUGUGACUUAGAGUUGUGUGAUGCCCCUCUAGUCAAGUUUAUGGAGGAUGAGGAUGGUAGAGAGAGAACAACUCUUGGCAAAAAGAAAGCUUUCUUUAACCCCCGCAACUUUGGCAAUGGAGAGCUAGAGUGUGGAGAGCGACCCUUGUUUGAGAAGAUCAGCAAAGAAGACAAGAACGAGAUGGAGCUACUGAUGUCAUACACUGGAGGCAGAAUAGUGGGAGGAGAGGAUGCUGAAGUAGGCAGUGCUCCAUGGCAGGUGAUGCUGUAUAAGCGUAGUCCUCAAGAGCUGCUGUGUGGAGCCAGCCUGAUCAGUGAUGAAUGGAUUUUGACUGCAGCACAUUGCAUUCUCUAUCCGCCUUGGAACAAGAACUUCACAGCCAGUGAUAUUCUCGUUCGUCUUGGAAAACACUCUCGUACCAAGUAUGAGAGGGGCACUGAGAAGAUUGUGGCCAUUGAUGAGAUAAUUAUCCACCCUAAAUAUAACUGGAAGGAAAACCUGAACCGAGACAUUGCUCUUCUGCACUUGAAGAAGCCUGUAACCUUUACUAAAGAGAUCCACCCUAUCUGUAUCCCCACCAAGAAUAUUGCAAAGAAUUUGAUGUUUGCAGGCUACAAGGGCCGUGUGUCUGGCUGGGGGAACCUCAGGGAAUCAUGGACCUCAAGCCCAGCAAACCUUCCAGAAGUGCUGCAACAGAUUCACUUGCCUAUUGUGGAUCAGAAGACCUGCCGGGAUUCCACCUCUGUCACCAUCACCGACAAUAUGUUCUGUGCUGGUUACAAGCCAGAGGAAACAAAAAGAGGUGACACUUGUGAGGGAGACAGUGGAGGGCCUUUUGUGAUGAAGAACCCUACAGACAAACGCUGGUAUCAGACUGGCAUUGUGUCAUGGGGUGAGGGGUGUGACCGUGAUGGCAAAUAUGGAUUCUACACACACCUCUACCGUAUGCAUCGCUGGAUGAGAAAAGUUAUUGAUAAAACAGGCUCUGCAGAUGAAGAGUGAUCAGCCAACCUUUGACAAAAGACCUUUGCCAAAUGAGAGCAAAAUACUUGCAAAUAAAAAUGGAUGAAUAAACAUAAUGUACUUUGAGGGUACUUUCAGAUACUUUGUAUGUUGAUACCAGUGUGAGAGCAUGGAGUUU